AUGUAUGGCAAAAAAUGGAAAGGGAAGAGAGAGAAGGACAAGGACGAGGAGAAGGAGCUAGAGAAGGAGAAGGAGGAGGAGGAGAAAGUCGCAUUUGAGAAAGACACUGGUAGACAUUGCCAGAAGACAAAGUCAAGCAUCUCAAGCUUGAAGCCAGUUAACAGCCCUCAAGUUUCACAGAUAAAUUAG